GCCUCCGAGCAAUUGGAGCAUUAAAAGAGAAAAGUUACGUCCACUCCCUGCAUAAGAAGCUCCGUGUAAAGCUCCGUGUUACUACAAGAGGCUCGCCUCUCUCCAAAGCAAGACGAAGGCGCUGGCAAUCCAUGUGCAGGCGGCUUAUGGGGAGUAAAAGCUUAUGGGGAGACGCUUUUGCGCACUAGACCAAUCCAAAAUAGAGCCCAGAAGGCAAAAGCAACUAACCGGAUUUGUGCAGGACCCACAAAUCCCCCAGGAGAAGGAGGUUUCUGCCUUGUUGCCUGCUGAACACUGAUUCCUUGGCGCCUGGCAGAGGUGGGGAGCCUGGCGCCAUGACUCAGGCGGUGUGUGUGUGGGGGGGGAGAUGGCUCCCCACCGAAGCGCGGCAAGCAGGCAAGGAAACAGACACUCAGUGGCUGCUUUCUGACGGUGACUCAGAUUCCGUCCUUGGUGGAUUCGCGAGCCUGCCUCCCACUGUCGGGUUCUCGCAGCCGAUGGGACGGUUGUCCACCUCUGUCAUGCAGAUAUGAUCGUUCCAGCCCUGUGGUCUCCUCACCUGGCUCACCUGGAGAAGGACGUCCUGGCUUUCUACUCUGCCUGGUGCUGAGGACCGCUAGCCAGGGCUGCUGCACCAGCUUUGCCAACAGAACCGGUGCCAAGGACGCGUCCCGGAUUUCCCUGCCGAUGAGGCACUGAGGACUCAGGUGGCAUCCCAACACAGGACUGAUGGCCACGGCGGGAGAGCACGUGUGUGGCUGCCAGCGGGGUCCAAAUAUGGAGCAGGGCAAAUGGUACGGCGUCCGUUCGUACUUGCACCUGUUCUAUGAGGAUUGCACCGGCAACCGUUCGGAAGACAGUUUUGAAGAUGCUGCUACGUCUCCCGCCAAGAGUGGCCAGACUUAUGUCUUCUGGAAGGUGACGCUUUCAGCCGCGACUCUGCUGUUGCUGACCGGCCUGGCGGCUAUAACCACGGGGUCCCUCCUGCCCUCCAAGUUGGAAGACAUCGGUGAAGCCGAGUUUGUGGUAUUGGACCAGCGAGCCGUAGAGUACAACGGUGCCCUGGGCAUCUCCCGAGCUGUCGGGGUGGCGCUGUGCACCGUUGCUGGGGUGCUGUUGGUGGCCUCGGUUGUAUUGUUUAGGCUCGGCAGAAGAAACCGGACUGGCUGUCCAGGUGAAGAUGGCAAGGAAGAGCAGCUGUCGCCCAUCUUGCAGGAAAAUGCCCCCCAUCCGUGGGGUACCGUCGUCUCAGCGACCCCUGCCCCUUUCCAGGUCUCCUGGGUGCAGGGCGUCCAGCCCAAGAGAGAGAUGUGAAUUCAGAUUCACCAAAAGCUCUUAAGGCUCAAAGUUUCUCAACUUUCAAGAUCGGUGGACUUCAACUCCCAGAAUUCCCCAGCCAGCGCAUGCGCUGGCUGGGGAAUUCUGGGAGAUGAAGUCCUCCAAUCCAUAGCUGUGCGUAGGUGUAUCCCCACCUCCCAGAGACAGAUGCUGUUUUUCAUUGUUAACAGCCUCCCUGGAGGAUCCGUGGUAGGAGAAAAGGUGCCCUUCCCCCUCGCCUCUGCGGAACUCACAGGUAGACUGCUCUUAAGGCCGGAGGUUCUGUUUCACUAGCCUUAGGUAAACAGAACCUUCCGUACCAAGGGAGGAAGCAGAGAAAAAAGAGAAACCGGCUUGGAGAAAGUGACAUAAUAUUUUCAUUCUGCAAAUCCUGAAACAAAAAAUAUAUUUGGUAUGUAAAAAAAAAAAAAAAAGGAGAAAUUUUCCAAAGUCAGAAACAAACCUGGAGGAGAAUCCCAUGUUGCAAAAACUCAAAUAUUAUUAUUCUGAUUUGGAUACAGAUUGGAUACAGAUUAAAGGAGUUGGAAGGGACCUUGUAGGUCAUCUAGUCCAACCCCACGCACCCAAGCAUUUUUUUUCCCCAGUUCAGGCCUGCUAACAGCUCAGUUUAUUCAAGACAGGUAGUCCUCGUUUAACGACCGUUCCAAGUUACAACGGCAUUGAAAAAAGUGAGUUAGGGACGUCCUCACCCUUACGACCUUAUGGUCACGUGAACUAAAUUCGGGUGCUUGGCAACUCGCAUGUAUGUAGGAUGGUUGCGGCAAUCCAGGGUCAUGUGAUGCCCAUGUGCCACCUUCCCAUCCAGUUUCCGACCGGUAAAGUCAAUAGGGGAAGCUGGAUUUGCUUAAUGACCGUGUGAUUCAUUUAACAACUGCCGUGAUUUGCCUAACAGCCAUGGGGAAAAAAAGUUGUAUAAUUGGGCAUGACUCACUUAACAACCACUUUGCUUAGCAGCUGAAAUUCUGGCCCCAAUUGUGGUCGUAAAUCGAGGACUUGCAAGGCCAAGGCAGGAUCUACCUCCCUAUUUCUGCUUUGGUAUCUUCCUUCAGUUCCUGAAUUACCCCUUGUUUUAACUUGGGAGAUGCCCAAAGUUGGAGGGGAGGAACCAAGCAGAGAGAUCCACCCCUUUACUAUUUCAGUGCCCUGAUUGGCAGGUAUCUCUUUGCUGAUUGGGGGUGAGCAGAAGGAGGUGGGCAACGAAACCAAUCAUGAGCAGCAGAUGCACCAAUCAGGAGAAGCCAUUUGACUUGGAAAAGACAAGAAGUGGGAGGAGAAUCAGCUGUGGAGUGAGGCAGCUACUUUUAAGGCGGUACCAUUUUCUGACUCCAGGAAGGGGGUGAACAGCAUGGCGGGAAAGACCAUCAGAGACACAGGGGAGGGCAGCUGUGUAAAACCUCUCUCCCUUCAUGUGGUCGUCUGCUUGAAUGAAGAGACCAGCUUAGAAUAAUAAAGACUGAAAUGAGUGCA